AAACUGCUGUCCCUACUGACUGCUUGAGGGAGGGAGGGGGGCUCUGGUUCCCUCGUGCUGGACAGAGUGGACGUCACCGAUUGUCAGGGUGUGGCUGAGGGAGAGUCGUGAGUGACUUUCGCCUUUCAUAGACUCGAUACAAAAUGUUGUACAGUCUCAACCCUUUGAGCACUAACGGCCCGAGUUUAACGGUGUUGUUUAGUUCUUGUAAGCAAGGGAGGUUUCUCGUGUUGUCAUGUGUGAGUCUGUUUUGUCCUGAUGUUAACUAUCUGGAAGUGGCGGGGAUAGCUGAUGUGCAGGGUUUCAGGGCUGUUUGGUUCUAUGAAAAGACUAGUUGAAGCCAAUUAUAUACUACCAUUGUAAAACGAAAAACGCAUGAUUAGGCUUAAGGUGUAAGAGAGCGAAGCUGGCAUAUCGUCCAAACAAAAAACAAAACAAAAAAAAACGUCUGCGUAACAUUUUUUAUUGCUAUUUGUAAAGAAAUAUACAUAUAUAAAUAAAUUGAUGUCAUAUUUAGGUUCGGGAAUUUUGUAUAAAUGUUGAGAAAAUGAAGGGAUCUUCCGGUUUAACAGACGUUGAAGUCGGUAGAAAAAUGGUAAUUGUUAUUAUUGCUUGGAAUUACUGAAAUAUACUUCGAAUUGCUGAGCAUCUGGUGAAGAGUCUUAGGUUACAUUUAGAAUUAUGCCUGUGGAAUCUCUUCUUUUUUUUGUCGGUAGGAGUAUGUAGCUUUUCUGUUGUACUGCGAGUUCUUCUGUUCUGAGCGUCAGUAGGGACAAAAAGGAAGCUAAAUCCUUGGAGAUACUAGUUAUUCCGCACGCGGUUAUGGUAUACUCUCUAGUGCUACCUGUAUCCGGGAAUACACAAGUGCAACGAGGAGAUGGAUUUACGGCAGCAGCCAGCCGGGGUAGGAACCCCAGUUAUCUCGUUGUUGAAGUUAAGGAACUUUUUCUUCGGACCCCAACGUGCUAAUGGCCCAGUCAGCACGCUGGAAGAGGGGCGGUCACCUCCAAUGGAAUCCCCUCAGAUGCAUAGCAUGUAUGGUAACCAUGGCAAUCGUAAUGGCGGUAGUCCUCCAGUGUCCAGUCCUAGUUCUGGUGGCUCCAUGUUAGUUGUACCACAGCCAAUCAACGCAGCCAUGAAAAACUCCGCCUCCAUCAAUGCGAACAACGCCACUACUAACGGAACAGGACGAAAAUACCAGUGUAAAAUGUGUCCUCAGAUUUUUGGUUCCAAGGCAGACUUGCAGCUACACACUCAGAUUCAUAUGCGUGAGGCCAAACCCUACAAGUGUUCCCAAUGCUCCAAGGCCUUUGCCAACUCUUCUUACCUGUCCCAGCACACGCGAAUCCACCUGGGGAUCAAGCCAUACCGCUGUGAGAUCUGCCAGCGAAAAUUCACUCAACUGUCCCACCUGCAACAGCACAUCCGGACCCACACCGGGGACAAGCCGUACAAGUGUCGUCAUCCUGGUUGCAACAAGGCCUUCAGUCAGCUUUCCAAUCUCCAAUCCCAUUCCCGUUGCCACCAAACUGACAAGCCCUACAAGUGUAACAGCUGCUACAAGUGUUUCACUGAUGAGACAAGUCUUCUGGAGCACAUCCCUAAACAUAAGGAAUCCAAACACCUGAAAACCCACAUCUGUCAAUACUGUGGAAAAUCCUACACCCAGGAAUCUUAUCUAGCCAAGCAUAUGCAGAAGCAUGCAGACAGGAUGGACAAGAGGUCUCAAAUGGUCCUCGGUAGCAACACCUCCACAACACCUCCGACGCCUGUGGCCCGGACUCACGUGGAUAACUUCUGGUCAAAAAACAUCGUUUCUUCGCCAGGACCAGAAAACACAUACUCAGAGAACUCUUCUGUAGGUCUUUCAGCCGCUGCAUCUGUGAUUGCUCAUCACAGUGCCCAUCCGCACGUCCAAGACACGUGCCUCCAGUCGCCCCUUGGAGACCAUCCUCGUCUUCAUCUAGCGUCCCGAGAUUUAGACCACAGGCAAUCUCUUGGAAGCGGAGGGAAUGGAAACACCACAUCCAACAACCACAAUCCACGUGAGCAUUCAGACAUGGUGCACACAGGUCACCUUGGAUCCCCUCAGCUUCAGUAUGAUGGCGGUGCAAUGUCUGUAUCUAAUAGCAAAACAACAUCAGCCUUCACCCCCAUCCAGUCUGGAAUGCUGCCAAUCUCUUCGGGAUCGCAGUUAUCUCUAGCAGGGUCAUCACGGUCAUAUUUCCCGUACGAACCUGUUAAUUUUCCCAAACCUUCUUCACAGAUGAGUUCCAUGGACCUAAAACCCGCUCAUAACUCGUUUCCCAAUCAAUUGAUCUCUUUACAUCAAAUAAGAAAUUACGCGUCCAUGCCAUCAAUGGCCGGAACAGAACAUCCGAUUACUCUCAAAGACAAGAGUCAACCAUAGUUGAUGGAAUUUACGUCUAUUGUGUGUAUUUUAAUUUUUUUUACACAUUUUACAGUAGACACCGUUUUUAAAAUUGUGGUAUAUGGUUGUUUUUUCUUCGAUUUGAAAACAAAAAAAAAACUUAUAGAAUGAGGUAAGGGUGGGUUAGUUUUAUCUCGUUAAAGACAAACCUUGAAGAUUGGAAUAAAUUGCCUGAUGUGCAAUAAGAGUACAUGGGCUUUGACACCGGUGAAGAAAUUCUUAUGUAGUUGGACGUGUCUGAACUGCUGUCUGGCUACAUAGUGGUAGACAGCAAGAUUGAAAACAAGAACAACAAAACUUCCGCUAAUAUAUCUUAGGAUUCUUAAGAAGAGAACUAGCAGGAAUGGUAUAUAAAGCAAACCGUGGGUUGAGCUUUCUGUUACUGUUAUUAAUUUUGGUACAAAACCUUAUUCCAGUUAAAGUUUGUUGCAGAACUCCAAAUUCAUGCUAGGAUUGUCCUCGCUGUAACAGAUGGACUUUUCUGUGUUCUGCUGUCAUGGUAACGUACUUCUGAUGAUAGACUAGUGUGUAUAUGAUUUGUAACCAUGGUAACUAGUUGAGCAAUAGAUGACAUCAUCUCAUAUUUGUGCCUUUUGAUAUAUAGUUUCAGUUUCACGUAAAGAUAUAUGUAUAACCAUAUAACCGUAUGCUUAACAAAGUUUAGAGUUAUAUAUAUAUAACAUAUGAAUUAAAACACUUCUUUUGUGUUAGUGUUACAGAGAGAAAAUGUAGGCCUAAGAAAGAGUCAGUUAUCAUAGCUUAUAAAGUGUCUGUUGUGAUAAUUAGCCCGUCAUUACUAUGGAACUAUUUUAUGCUUUGGUUAAAAAUACAUGUACAUAGAUACACACAUAAAACAAGUACCAGUGUUUACGUUAUUAAUAAACAUGGGAAAAAUGAGGUCAGGUAUAGUUACGAAACGUAAUAAGUUGAAGAAAGGUAACUGAUUGACCUUCGAAACAAAUCUGUCAUGAGAGAGGGGAGUUAAUAAAAAGAAAUUAUGAUAUUUGAGAUUAAAAAAAUAGUACAAGAUUCGCAAGAACCUUUCCUCAGAUAUCAGAUGAUACGUGUCUGAACAUUAUUUUCGUGUGAAAAAAAAAGUUAAGAUAACGGAAUUAGUAAAGUUCCGUGCGCAUCUUUAUUGCUCAAAACGGUUUACAUUUCAUAAGUCAAUUAUUUCUUGUAAUAUACAAACCAUCCCUUCUUUUGUAAUUAACACUAAAUAGUACUAGUUCAAGAGAAGUUUCUUGUGCCCUUUUCACAUUCUUUUUUUUAAACUGUACUUCACUAUUAUGUAACAUUACAUGUUUGUAUAAAAAAAGGUGUGUAUUUACGUGUUUUUGCUGCCAUAGUUACCGUAACAAUAGCGCACAUUGUAAGACGCCCCACGAGGAACUAAAUUGUGGUUUUUAAUUGUUGUAUUAGUUUUAAAACUAUUUAUGUUUUUUAAGUUUUUUUUUAGAGGCUUAAUAUACAUCAUAAGCAAACACUGCCUGCUUAUACAAGAAAAUCCGUUAAAUAAAACCUAAACCCUCAUAAAAGACGGCCCCCUUUCGGUAGCUCAGCGAUAAGUCUCAAGGCUUAUAACACUAAAAAUCGGGUUUCGAUACCCACGGAGGGCACAGUGCAGAUAGCCCAUUGUAUAGUUUUGUGUUUAAUUAAUAAUAAAGAAACAACAACAAAAAAGUCGUAAAAGAAAAGAACAUAUAUUUUUUAUGUAGGUGUCGUUUCUAUAGACAAAUCCCGGUUUUUUUCCAAGCGUUGAGUAAUUCGAUUUGUAAUUGUCAUAUUUAAAGUAUGUGAUUUGUUUUACAGUACUGCCAGUAAACUAAACUCGGUUAUCAUUAUACGUAUCCGUAAACAGAAAUGAUGUUGUUGGCUUAAUUCAGAUAUACCCCCCACUUUUUACACAUAUCUGCAUUAGAUUUAUUAUUUAAAUAAAUGCACGAUUUUAUCUGAGAGAUUAUAAGCUACAACACAACACACAUAAUGUAAUUUAAAAACCAAAUUUGCAAGGUUUUCUCUGCAGAGUGAGGAUCGCAUUUUUCAGGCAAAGAAGACAACUAUAUAAUCCUAUGAACGCUUGAGGACAUAAAAAAGAGGACUUUUUACAAAAUAUUAACUUACUUUAAACAGCUGAAAAUAAUUUGAUUUUAAUACUUAACGAAUAUUGAAAGUUUGAAUUCUAAAAAAAAAAAAAUUAAGUGACUGAAUGCGCAAGAUUACUUCAUUUAUAGCAAAAUGUUGCAAAAACAUUUUUAUACCAUCACCACCCAAUCCAACCACACACUUAUGACUGUAGCCUAUUAAUAUUUUAUUGCUUCCUACGUCUAUGUCACAGACAUAGACGAAAAAAAACAACUACUUUUGUACUAUAAUUUCCCCGAAAGGGGGCCGAAGGCCACCUGUUUUAAACACUCGCACCACAGUAGCGUGUUGUCUGUCAGUCAGUCAGUAGACACUAAAUUGACGUCACAUGAGGGACGAUUAACGUUGCAAUUUGUACUGUCGUGACGUCAGUAAAAUGUGCGCAUGUCAUGAAUCACAAGAAGAAUUACACACUCUGUACGCUACAACACAACAUGGCAUACGAACUUCAAAAGCAAGAAAUAACAAUGAUCGUUACUCAUAAUUUUGGUUUAAUUUACUCUUGAAACAGAACACUUUCGGGGAACCGGCGCAACUACAACUAGUAUAAUAUUCCUGAUGCGUGUAGCUUUAUUAUCUGAAUUUUUUCCACUAUUAUGAUAAUAUACAGCUUUAAAUGCAGGUAUUAAUUCCCGCUUUGUAGCCACUUCUGAUUGGUUGGGGCUACGUCACUAUAUCUUCUGGGUAGAUUUAAUUUAAAAACAUCAAAAGAUACAGAAUAUUUUCAAGUCUAUCUCGUACACAAUUAAGGAUUAGAAGUUAAUUUAUCUUUUGUUGUGAUCUACGAUUUACACGGGAGUGUGUCGAAGUGCAAUCUCUAGUUAGGCUAUAGUUACAGAUGUGAUCAAAGAAAUACGUACUUCGGGUUUCUCAAGUUCUAGUUUGUUUUUUUAACUUUUGGAGUAUGAAAUUUCUAUAGGACAUUCUCAAAUAAGCUGGAGCAAUGAAGAUAGUUUUCAUACUGUUAGUUGUUGUUUUCCUUUUAUUUUAACAUCAAAUUUUAGGACAUUUAUAACCUCAAAUGGGCCCGAAAAGUGUGGAAUAUUUUACCACCAAGAACAAAGGGUAUUUCUCCUUCAAACUACCCAGGGAUUACCAGAUUCAAAUAAUCAAUGAGGUACGAAAACACCUGGCACUGGGAGAGUUGUUUAUCUGUACACGUUACAACGAGAUAGAUAAACUUUAGGUAUUUCAGUACACAAAUCCUUAUACAGCUACACUGUGUUUUAAUCUCACAGUUUGUUGUAUAUCGUAAAAAUGAACUGUUUCGCCUUCUUAGCUUAGUAAGGGAAUGCAUUAUUGUAAAAGUUAUGCUUAGGUUUUAUGAAUGCAUAUUCUAUUAUGUUUGCCGGUUGUGUGUGUGUGUGUGUGUAAGGGAUGGGGAUCUGCGAUUUCACCCCCUCAAUUGUACCCAUAGGUAAAACGUAUUUACAAAGCGUAAACAAAUAACAAAAAAAAAAACUUCAGGCAACAUUGAAAUGCGCCAUUUUCAGCGAAAACAAACAAAUGUUUCCCCUUUCCUCCCCUAUAUAGAUUUCUGCUCCCCACCUCCUCCCGAGUUUUAGGGGUGGUUAAUAAAUCUUGAUAAAAGGGCUUGAAAUUUCUGAGGAUCUCCAUGUACACUUCAUCCCCCACGUAAUAAUUCUCUUGAAGAGAACGACUCUCAUAAAAUGGAAUGCAAAUAAGAAAAACCUACAGAACUACGAAAAGAUCAGUUAAUGAAGAAAAAAAAGGCUACGCUACACACAUUUACGUAUUUAGAUUGAUGCGUGUAUAUACAUAAACUUUUUAUAGGAACUUUCUUGUCAUAUGCGAUAAUAAUGGCGGCAGGAACUUCAAACCUUGAUAUUACAAUAUUCAAGUGACUGUUCACAUGCACCUUAAUCACGAAGAAAGGUUCCGCUUCAUUGGAAGGGGGGAUCUGUAUUCAUACACAUUUUACAGGUUAUGGAAAAUCUAACAUAACUAUGUUUAUAGUUUAUCGGAUUUUUAGUAUAUGGUUAACAGAUAACUAAAUACUGAAGAUAUUAAAAGUUAAUGAAGUCAUAAUAUUUAAUGGUAGACUUCGAAACAGCGAGGAUUUUACCUGCUUAAUUAAAGUUUGUGGGGAAAAAAAAACGUUCUGCACUGCUAUGACGUGUGUAUAUAUACGAAAAUUAAAAUCUAAACCGUUGAGGUGAUAAAUAUAAACAGUGUAUACAGUUAUCACUGUCUAAAAUUAUUUAGUUUUUGGGUGGCCCCCCGAGCAUCAAAUGCGUAGUAGCGUAGACUAUGCAGUUUACGUAUUGCACUGCGUGUGAAUAGUUUGAUUACAUAACUAAAUCGGUGGAUGAGAUGUGCAUGCGAUACUGUUAAACAAUGCGUUUGUUUGUUGUUGUUUAGUUGUUGUUGUUUUUUUGGGGGGAGGGGGGUCUUGUUUAUUAGUAAUUGCACAGAAAUGAUUUAUAGCUAUAAUAUAAACGUGGUUUUUGUUCCUUCACGUAGCAGUCUAAUUUUACACUCAUUUUUUGAAAGGUUCGUUUGUUUAGAACUAUUCUGAUUAGUGGUGUAAUCUUUGAUUUAAUUUCACAAAUGAUAGUACCAAAUCUGAUGUUAUCAAGAGGCUACACAUCAAGGAAAACAUCUGUCUUAGUUUCAGUUUCCAAGUGUUCACGUGAUCAGGCACCUACCUAAGCAUUAAAACCGUACUGCACGAUGUUUUAACCUGAAACUGAACAGCUUAAACGACAACCGAACAAAUCACCGUUUCUAAAAGAUAAUAUUGGAAUAGAUCAUCUAGUACCUGACUCAGUAACGAAAGAGUACAAGUAAAUCACUGUCAUCUUGUUACAAAGUAAUAUUGUUAUAUUUUUUCUACGACACUCGAUUAUCACUUUUUAAAUAUACCUGAACGUUUGUCUUUAAGAUUCCCUAAUUCAUUGUCAAAAAUAAUCUUAGGAGGAUAUUUCAUUUUUUGAAAAUUGCAUCACGUUAAUCAAGCCAUUGAAGAUAUUUUUUUAAACAAAUCUUGGUUCAGGAUGAAACAUAGAUGAAUGAACGGCAGCUACCUGUUGUAAAAACACGAGUGUAGAGGAUGACGUUUCGAAAGUCUUCCGCCUUUCGUCUUCACCUGAACACUUUCGAAACGUCGUCCUCUACACUUAUGUUUCUACAACAGGCAGCUGCCGUUCAUUCAUCUGUGUUUCGUCAGGAAUACUCUGUCUAAACAAUCUAUCACAGAAAAUUUUGGUUCAGUAUUUUCUUUUUCCAUGCUGUCAACAGAUGGCAUUUUACCUCAGUAUUUGUUAUAGAUUUUUAAAAACGAUUAGACAUUCACGUUUAGGUACAGAUAUCUUUGGUUUCAAUUGAAAUCUUCAAAUUAUUUACUAUGAGAAAAACGAACUGAAUGCCGUUAAUUUUAGUGCACCCUAUAUGUUAUGAUUCGGGUGCGUUAACACCUUCUGUUAUUUUUACCCUUUAAAUAUACCACUGGUAACGAAGAUCAUAUUUAAUUCUGUUUCUCCGAUUGGAGUAUUAGACAUCCUAAAACGUUUUUUUUUUAGGUUUGUUCUGAUUUUCCUUUGCAACAAAUGACUUUUGUAAGUAAAAUUAAGGCAUCUUUCAGGUAGCAAUUACACUAAAGCACCCAGUUUAUUUACACUCCCUUCUUUAUAUACCCCCAGUGGCACAGCGGUAUGUCUGUAGACUUUACAACGCUAGAAACCGGGUUUCCAUAUCCUUGGUGGUCAGGGCAUAGUGUAGCUUUGUGCUUAAUUAUAAACAAACACUUCUUUAUAUGGAAACAGUUUUUAUUCAUGCUUAGUUUAGAACCCAUUGAUAUUUUUAAUGUAGGAUAUUUGUUUAUCGCGGUAACAAAAAAAAGAAUAAGUUAUUUUACGAAAACUUGUAUGGAAAAUGGAAAAAAGUCUCGUGAUUAUCAUAUUAGAAAACUUACCCGUUUUAUUAUAUUUUUUUUAAGAGGUGUAAAAUUUGUUCCGAUUAAAAAAUGAAUUAAGAAGAGAACAGGAAGGAAACAAAAAAGGCUUAUCAUCCUUGUUGGGUGACGAACAUCAUAUUAAAAGACAGUUUUACAAUUUAACUAAUUGAGCUGAAAAGACAAUUUCUGGUAAUUAGGCUUUCCGACUAGCGGUGAUAACUGAUAUUAGUAGAAAAUAUCCAUACACUAAUUUCGAGGUGUGAUAUUACCUUCCACAACUGGUCAGAUUACCAACUUGCAAUCGUUGUAAUUUUACACGAAAGAAGUGUUAGAAAAUGAACUAUAUAAAGGUAGUGUUAGUUUUGUAGAUAUUGAAACAGUCACGUGAUCUUAACUUUCUUUAAAUUGUAUUUUACUUGCUUCAAAAUGUCAUUCCAUUAAGAAAACAUUAGCAUCGUAUUUCUAACAUUGUAAUUAUCUUUCCAAACUUAUAGUGAGUACCUGACUUAUCAAACACGGAUAUGACAAUGAUUGCUACAUUAUGUAACGUUCAGUAGUUAAAAGUAAUUCAGUAAAUGCGAGUCUAACCCUUUUUUUUUUGAUCAUCACAGGAUUAAUGUAAUUCAGAACUUUAUUCGAGCAAAAAGCUUAUAAGCAAAUUAGAAAACGGACUUCUUUAGUUUUCUGUAGUUUAGAACCCUACUUUAAAAACAAAUCAUCUAACUAGUUUAGGAUGUAGUUCGCUUGGAGUUUAAAAAAACGGCAGUUUUGAUUGAGAAAGUUCUUAAAAAUCCAUUUUAAAAUGCUAAAGUUGCAGAAGUCCCUAAAAUUAGCAAUGAAAUAAUUUGAUUUUUAUCUUCAAAUUGCAAGUAUCUUAUCGGUUUGAUCAAUCCUAUCGUAAACGGCAGCUUUAUCAUGGUUGACUCUUUCAAAACUUAAUCCAUACACUCUUAUCUGAAAGCAGAAAAUGGUGAGCAUGGAGCUUUUAUUUUUGCACUUGUAAGUCUACAUUAAAAAUCUUUUGUUAACUUUAGAUGAGAUAUAUUUAUAGCAGGUAAAAUUAAUCAUGAAUCUUACCAUCAUAUAUUGUGUAUGUAUUAUUAUUAUCCUCGGAAAACCUUAAAAUUAUCAACACAACUAUAUUACGUACACCCAUCCACCCAGUCAGAACAUGAGCAGUUUCACAAGCUUCGGUUUAAUAAGCCUUCACGAAACGGAGAAAUUAUUGAUUACGCUGCUUGUCCAAUAUUAGACGCUGUUCUUGUUCGUCAAUAAAUACACUCACAGUUUAUUUAAAGCACUCCGGAUUAUUACUCUUUUUACACGUUUUUUAUCUUUCUCCAAAUUUGACAGAGCAAAAACGAACUGAACCAAUUUGUAAAAAACAAAAAAAACAACAACAAACGUUAACUGAUAUUCUUGUAUUUCAGGGCUGGAGCGACACAUUAUCGCUUUGUUUUUUAAUAAUUCCUAAUGGUAAUUAUUGUUUUAAGUCGAAUUUCUUGCUCAAAGUAAGAUGAAGGGUAGAAAUGGCUAAAUGAACGCACUUAAAUAAAGCUGUGAUAACCGAAGAAAGGGUUUUCUAAUUACAAACACUGUCGAGUCAAAUGAAAUAUAAUGAUAUACUUUGCAUUCAUUAAAGCAGUAUUAGCUUCUAAAAAGCUACGGUUCUAUAUGGAGGUUAAAGGUCAUGUUUAAAGCUAUUAAAGGUCGUGUUUGAAGAUGGAAAAGUUUGAUGCUUUUUUGUACAAUAUAUUCUUAGUCUUUUUUGAGAUGAUUAGGAAACUUUUUAAUAUCCCGUGUGAAACAUUUAGAGAUGAUAAUUUUUAAAAAUCGACGGGUUUCGAACGUCGGUUAGUCAAGGGAGAAAAAUAAAAAAUGGCGUAACCCUUGAACGUCUUGAACUGAUUGACCCGUGUAAAUGCGUGUAGUUUUGUAUUAAAUCUGUUGUGUGUGUGUGUGUAGCAAUUGUCCGAACGACGACGCUUUCUUCCUGAAGAAAUAUGUCACUCUUUAUUGUUUUUGUUUUCUUAAAGAAAGAUCCAGUCAAAUUGUUAAAAGGCUUUGAAAGACUGGUUACCCUAUGGGGUGAGUGAAAUGCGCAUGUUGUGACGUAAUUUUAAUACUUGGUUCUAUUGUAAACUGAGCCAGUCAUGUUUGAAAUCUGUUGUUGUUUGUUUUUUUUUGUUUCAUUAACUUUUAUUCCUGGAAAAUGGCAACUGACAAAAAAAAAAGAGAGCUUUUCAAUGCCCUCUGGCGGACUUUCCGCUUAAUUCAAAUACCAAGAAAUAAAUUAAAAAACAAAAAUAGAACGGUUUUGUUGUAAGACAAGGUAUAUUGUUAACACAAUUAUUGUGUGAUCAUUUUGUCGCUGUAUACUGUCAGUGAAUCGCUUGUGUUGCUUUAAUAAAGUUAUGCUUUGGGAACCA